GCGCUUUAGGUUUCAGAUCUGUCUGCAGUCGGGAGAUCCUUCGUUCGCGACUGAGCCUUCCUUCCUUCCUUCGCAAGCACCGACCUGGCCCUUUCUGUUGUUCCCGAUGGUCACUUCGUUCGAUUUCUGGAGCUCCGAACCUACACUUGACACGGGCUUUCUGAAUUUGGAGACGUUUAACCUUAGUUUGAGUUCUCUCGGUGACUGUUUUACAUGUCAUUGUCCCGAGAGUUCAACACUGGGCAGUCUUUUCCAGUUGUAGUCUGAGGAUUUGGCUACUCUCAGAAGUUUACGGCUUACGAAGUGUAAGCCAUGGAUUCGAACCUGUUCGAUAGCCGUGGAAUUCAAUUAAUAACGUAGUGUCACGCAUCGGGUUUCUGCAUGUGUUGCUGUAGUCCGCGUUCGGUUUCACUUGUGAUUCAAAGGAUUUGGAAUUUUGAUCCUUUAGUUGCUUUGUCGAGCCUGAGGUUAUGAUUGAGCUGAAUUCAUAUUUCUGUAAAGGUUUUGUUGCAGUGGUCGGUCUUACAGUGUAAUGAUUUGGUUAGAAGGGGAGAUAGAACCUAAAAAGUUGAUUUUUCUUUGAAAAAAAUACACCAUCGACAUCAAGGUAUGCAGGCUAAAAUCACACUCAGUCGUUAUUGGUGAAGUGUUGAGCGGUCGAAAGAGUUGUGGACAUGGAGUACAAACAAGAGUUGGCGGAGGCUUCACCUCGAUGGAUAUAUUCACAUUGGAGGCAAAAUAUACGUGCCAUGCAAGUUCGUUUGAAGAGUCGGUUUCGUAUCGCCAUGACCUCUCGUAGAUUGAGACAAAAAUCAAGAAGUUCAGGAUUUCCCUCAGUUGCAGGGAACACUAAGUUACGAGCUACAGCUACUGGUUUCGUAGUGGCCCGCGUUUUCCAAGACAACGUAAUUUUUGCGAGGAUGGCUCGCAACUUGGCUGUUCAAGAAUGGCAAAAACGUGUCGGAUGGGUAUCAACUCUUCGGCCAACUGCAAUGGUUCCAACCGCAGUUUCCUCAAGGUUUUGGUCGCUGCUGGGAUAUCCUGCUGCACGGGGUGCCCUAUUGGCUAAUGAGUCACAACAGCAGUCUCCUUCACAGGCAGAGGCCCUUGCCUUAUCACCCACUUCGGGGUCAGCAUAUAGGUCUGGAACUCAGGAUUUAGCGGGUGCUAAGGAAGGGGCGAAGAAUGCGAAGGGCGCUUAUUAUGAAGAAUUAGCUAUUGCUCACGCGAGUGAGGAGUCACUUUGGACUCAACUUGCACAAGCGGUGAUGUUACCGGCUGUGGGAGGGGUUUGCCAUGUGUGGAUGCAUGGCUUGAAUAUCACGGAGGUGUACGGAGCUGAGAAGUUGCAUAAAGUCAUCAACAAUAGACCUGGGGGGCAGUCGCUCAUUACGGUUUGCAAUCAUGUGGCUUCCAUGGACGAUCCUCUUGUGAUGGCCGCACUUCUCCCACCCAGAUUGUUUCUGCAGCCGAAGAGCUUACGAUGGACACUUUGUGCCACUGACCGUUGCUUCACGAAUGCUGCUUUUUCAGCCUUCUUUCACAGUGUCAAAGUGUUACCGCUAAAACGUGGAGCUGGUCUGCAACAAGAGGGUAUAGAUAUUGCAUUGUCUAAGCUGAAGCGUGGUGAUUGGGUUCAUAUUUUUCCUGAAGGCAGCCGUUCUAGGGAUGGUGGAAAAACCAUUGGGACGGUAAGGCGUGGCAUUGGCAGGCUUGUCACAGAUGUUGAGAGGACUCCACUCGUAGUGCCCUUUGUGCACGUAGGCAUGCAAGAUCUGAUGCCUAUUGGUAGCAAGUUUCCUGCUGUAAAGAAGAAGGUAUCUGUCUUGAUCGGGGAUCCCAUUGAUUUGGAUGACCUUGUUAAAGAGAGCUCUAUGAAGUUUGGCUCGAAGGGAGAACUGUAUGACGCAAUUGCAUUUCGUGUUGGACAACGCUUGAAAGUGAUGAAAGAGGAAUUAGACCAGUUAGUUGCCGUUCGAGAGAUUCAGUUGGGUGGUGAGGAAGCAGAGAAGCUUCAUUCCUUAGAGCGAGCCCAAGAGCUUCUUCAGUAUGUUGACUGGGAAUCCCAAGGGGUUCUGCCUCAAAGUGAUUCUAGUGUUAGGGAGCACAUCUUGGAUGUCAGCUCUACACGCAACACUACCUCAGAUGCACAGAUUUCUGAAGCACGAAAACAGUCAUCUACAGAGGAACAAACGAAUAUGAGCGUAGAGUUGAUUACUUCAGAGCAGAAAAUUUCUGAGGCUGAGAUGGAGGAAUUUUUUGAACUGGAUGACUGGGAUCCUAUAUCUAAGCCAUCUAUUCUGUCAAGGGUCCGAGGAUUUGUGGAUACUCCCUCGUUUUUGGGCUUAGGAUUUGCUGCUCGUGGCCUUCUCAGUGACACAACUGAGCACACAAGAUCGGAGUUGCGUGGUUGGAAGUACUGGAGACGAUUCUCAACGAAGCCCUUGACUCGUGUGGAUCGGGCUGAGAGGUUCAGUGAUUUUUGUCACUAAACAUACUCUGGGAGGACAUGUUUGUUCUUUGUAAGGUACUUUGAUGUCUCAGCGGUUGGUUGGAAUGCUGCGUUUGCAAGGAUAUCCACUUUAUCAGCUUGAGCAUGGAGUUACCGUUUAGGCUUUCCGCUGAAAGUACUCGCUUUUCGGUUGUUACGGUGCAAGGAGUCGAGCCGUAUCGAAGAAUACUUUGAGAUCAGAUUAGUAAGGUUCUUGAACAGGACUCGUUACCUUCAAACACUUAGUGAGCGUGCGGAAAGGGUCCACGCGACUCAUUUGGAUACAUAUCCUAAAUCAUUGUCUGGGGCUGCAAUUGAGUAUGAGAUGUAAUCACCUGUAGAGUCAAAAACUCCAUGACUAAAUCAUGGAGAUCUGUGUUGUGUCACCAAUUGUCUGCUACAAGUAAAGAAGUGUAAAUUAUUACUAUCAAUAGGAAAUUAUGGAUCACACUGUUGCAUGUUGCAAA